GCGCGGGCGCAGAGCAGUCGGCCCCGAGCCCCUGGCGGCGCGCGACCACGCCACGCGAGCGCAUGACUCACCAUGAACGAGUACGUCGAGUACGACUGGAGGCUCCACCAAGUGCAGAACGAGCUGCUGUGCGACGUGUCCCGCAAGCGACUCACCGAUGGUGACAAACAGCGGGCCCUCGACGGCCUCAAAGAAGCCGUAGAUUCAAGUCUCAACUUAGCCCUACGUGACAAGAGCCGCUGCCAGGACGACGCCUUCCUGCGCCGGUUUCUGUACGCGCGGAAACACGAUGUGCAACAAAGUUUCGAGUUGCUUGUGCGAUAUCACCAGUACCGGCGCGAGCACCCCGAACUAUGGGCGCCGGCGGACGGCGGCGUGCUGCGAGCAUUGGCCGACGGACUGCCCGGCGUGCUGGCCCAGCGCGACCGCCGCGGCCGUACCGUACUCCUCAUGUUCGCCUCCAACUGGACCCCCCAAGCCUGCCCUCUCAUGGCCGUCUACCGGGCGCUCCUCCUCACCCUCGAACGUACCCUUCAAGACGUACAAAAUCAAGCCAACGGAUACGUAAUAAUUGUGGAUUGGACUGAAUUUACGUUUAAGCAAUCGUGUAGUUUACAAGCCAAAGUGAUGAAACUUAUGAUCGACGGUCUUCAAGAUUGUAUGCCGGUGAGGUUCAAGAGCAUACAUUUCAUUGGUCAACCUUGGUAUGUGGAGACGGCGCUCGCUGUCAUAAAACCCUAUCUGAGGGCGAAAACGCGUGAGCGCAUCGUGCUGCACGGCAAUAAUUUAUCGACGUUGCACGACGCGCUGCCGCUUGACAUACUGCCCGCUGAGCUGGGCGGAGAAGGACCCUCGUACAACUCCGAGCGGUGGUUGAACGAGUUUUAUCGUGCAGAAAGUAAAGACAACCCCAACGCGCCACCUGUUCCCCUGUCGAUAAAGACUGCAGUACCCCCUGAGGAUGACCCUCCCUCCGCAAAACUCGACAAAGCGUAUAAGCAAAAGGACAAUCAAAAAUCAUUUAAUGGCAAUGAAAAGAGUGCUAAGUCAGAACUGUUGCGUGAUAAGGACUGACCGUUUGGCGCGCAACGGUCGCGUCGUUAACAAUGGACAGCUGUCUGCGCACGCCGUGAGCGCCAAUGCGCUCGCGAGCAUGCGAUUGUGAUAUCGAUUGUAAUGCUAAUUUAUUGUCUAGAAAUUACUAAGAACAGUCCAGAGUAAAAACGCCUCAUUAGAAAGUUGGAAUAUAAUUAAGGUGCAUUUACAUUAGUGAUGUAUGUAUGUGCUGGAAGGCCGGAGCGAUGAUUCAUUCACAACUUGUUUUUGAUCGUGAUAUUUAAUUGGAAUCGAUAGUUUCGAUUCGUGUUAAUUGAAUUAGCGAGCUUGCGGACCCAAGGCGGCAGGCAGCGUUUACCCCGCGCUGCGCCUGCGCGGUGCGCGUCAGGCGCAGGCGGCAUGUAACGGUGCCGCGCUCUCGUUUUGACGCAUCCGCUGCCAUUUGGCUUUGGCGCUGAAUUCCUCGCUCCGAAUAUUUUGUGCAGGUUUCACUGUAGUUUAACAUUUUAUUUAUUCGACUAAUCAGUACCUUGUAAUGUCAAAUAUCUCAUUAUGUUAAUAUUAAAUUUUCUGACUAGUUAAGAACACGCAUUUUAGGAUUAUGAUUGUAGAUAUUUCUAUAUCCACGCUUUGGUCAUGUGAGGCUUAUUGCGCAUUUACUAUUAUGUUUUAAGUUAUAGUAUAUACAUAUAUGUACGUAGCGUAUGCUAGGCGAGGCGAAGCCUGCAGGUAAAAAUGUGAUGUGAUAAGUUUCGAGACAGUAUUAAUAUAAUGUACUUAUUCUCUUUAGUUCUGGUAAUGCAUUCAUCAUGGAUGUGGAAAUUAUGGCUAGCUCUCGAAUAUUUCAAAACAAGCUCUCUUACAUAGCCUCUUAUUAAAACAAUUGUACUUAAAACAAUGUGUAGCGUCGCUAGAAGUAUUUUCCAGGGCGCUACACUGCUUUUAUUAAGCCGAAAAGACGUAUGAGUGUUGAAAGGAUGAACUUUUAUGCCUUUUGGCAUUUGUUACGUGUCUUUAACAAUACCCUAAGCCGCUUAUGUCUGACAUGACUGUAAAUAUCCACUCUGCUGAGACAGUUGCUUUUAAUAUGGUAUCAAGUGAAAUAAAUGUAUUACACAAUA